GAUGCCUGCUUCAAUCACCACCUCCCUUCUAGAGAUACCCCAGAUCUCCUCAUUCGUCUUCCUCCAGAAUUUCUACUUCUCCUCUAGAUCCCAUCCUACCAGAGAGGUCCCAAAAACUGGAUGAGCGUUCUGAUGAAGGAUUUACGGACCGGCCGGACAGUUUUCAGGGACUCACGUGACGCUCAGGAAAAAGUUGUCAUGACCUCAACACAGCCAGUUCCUCCCUGUCAGCCCCCAGAGGAAGAUGAAGAGGAGGAGACGUUAAAGUUUGGCGAUGGCACCACGUCCUCAGACAUCUCUUCUUCUUACUCUUCUGUCAAGACAGACAAGUCUGAAGAUGCAGAAUUGGAGAAUCUUUCUGCCAUAAGGCAGGUGAGCAGGACUGCAGCAGCCAGCUCAGAUGUGGAGGUCAGGAGGUCACCAGAGGGGAGAUGGACUUGUGAAGCGGGAGCAGCUGAGGAGUCUGGGAGUUUCUGGAAAACGGGCAGUGUUUAUGAAACCCAGACGUGCCACAAAGCCCAGGAGUGGCUGAGUGUGAUGUCGGAGCUCAGUCAACGCCUCAGCAAAGGGAAGUCCUCUCCGGAUCCCAGAGCUGCUGUGGGAGCUGAUGAAGACGAUGAGGAGGGAUCUUCGUCGCUGAGACUCCAGGCCCAACACUCCUCUGCUGUGGAUGAAACAGCCUGUGACAGCUCAGUCACCUGUGAGGCAGAACGCAGCUGCAGACACCCACACAUCCUUUGUGGAGGGGCGCAGACUCUGGCUCCUGCUGAUGAUGUGGAGAACAUGUACGAGGAGGUCCAAACACCUGAGCAGCACAAGUCCAUCAGCUGGAGAUGUGAAGAUCUUUGUGACUCUGGCACGUCCGCUCCACCCUGCAGCAAGAAGCUGCCCACAGAUGUCAGGCAGGUGAGCAGGCGAACCGUCAGCAGGACAGAGGUGGCCGUACGAGUCAGUACACCUCAUCUUGCCACCAUCAAACAAAGCUGUGACACUAAGGUUCAACAGUUGAUGAAAUCGAGGAAGAACAGCGCUAAGGAAGGAUUGAGAAAAAAAACGUUAGCCAUGAUCCGCAAAGUGGCCUUCCUGCAGAGGAAAAACUCCACAGGUGAGGGGAGUGAUGACACAGGAUACUUGGACGUGUCCAUUUGUGAAUUGAAGCACCCUCCAGCUGUACUGUGCCCCAUGCCGGAGGGGCUCAGCAGCCAGCAGGUCAUCCGACGCCUCAUUCUCAGCUCUAUUGUUCAAAGUGAGAGCAGCUACCUGGACUCCUUGAAGAGGAUCCUGCAGGAAUACCAAAAGCCGCUACUGGAGAGCCACACUUCCAUCCUAAACCCGGAGAAGGUGCAUCAGAUCUUCUUCCGUCUGAGGGAGAUCCAUCAGUGCCACUCCAUGUUCCAGAUCGCCCUGGCAUCGCGCGUGGCGGACUGGGAUCAGAGUGAGAUGAUUGGCGACCUGUUUGUGGCCUCGUUUUCAAAGUCCAUGGUGCAGAGCGUGUACAGAGACUACAUCAACAAUUUCACCAAAGCCAUGGCGCUCAUCAAGAAGGCCUGCGUGUCCAGACCUGCCUUCCUGGACUUCCUGAAGAUGAAACAGGCGUCAUCGGCAGACCGGAUCACGCUGUACGGGCUGAUGGUCAAGCCCAUCCAGCGUUUCCCUCAGUUCAUUCUGCUGCUACAGGACAUGUUGAAGAAUACUCCGCUGGCCCAUAAAGACAGACUUCCUCUGCAGCUGGCUCUCACCGAGCUUGAGAUCCUGGCGGAAAAGCUCAACGAAGAGAGGCGUUUGGCUGACCAAGAAGCAGAAAUCCAGCAGCUGGCCCAUAGCAUAGGAGACCGCAACCUCAACAAGCUGCUAAACUCGGAGCAGAGGCAGCUGAUCCACUCUGAGCUGCUAACUGAGACUGUCUAUGGGGACAAAGGUCAAGUCCUUAAGUCUAAGAAGCGAAAGGUGUUUCUCUUCAGUGACUCCUUGAUUUGUGCCAACAUCAACUGGAAGGGUCCUCCUGAAAUCAGCAGCCUGGUUCCCUUGGGAGCCAAAUGCUCCGUGAAGUGGUGUGCCCCUGUGGCACAGAUCCAAGUGGAGGAAGUGGGGCAGGAUGGGGUUGUGAUUAGUAGGCGGCAUAGCUCUGCCUCCACUACUACAGGGAGGUUGUUCUUGGGGCCCCCGAGGUUAUUCCAGGAACUGGAGGAGCUACAGCAUGACCUGGCUGUGGUGGAGGAGGUGUCUCUGCUGGUGGGCACGUUACAUGGACUCUACCAGAACCUGAACAGCACAGUGUCUCAGGACUGGUGCUGCGCUCUGCAGAGGCUCAUCCGUCUGAAGGAAGAGCAGAUCCAGGACGCCAACAAGUGCUGCCUGCGUCUGUCCAUUCCAAGCCGUCCAGACAGGUCUGGACGCCCUGUGAGCAUUAUGGUGGUCUUCAACACCCUCAGCCCCCACAGCAAAAUCUCCUGGGUGAACCGCAUCUACCUUGCUAAGCUGGCUCAGAGAAAGGAAAACUCUCCUGGAUGGGAAUGUUAUGAAGAUGACUGCAAGACCCAAACCCUGUUUGGUUCUCCACUGCUGACCUGCUCUUUGCCGGUUCUGUCCUCCAGGACACUCUCUCUGACGCUGAAGGCGGCUCUGCACAGUCCUUCUCAGUCCACCCUGCUUGGUCUCUGCUCCACCACCACAUGUCUGCCGCAGGGUUACCUCUGGGUUGCUGGUGGUGGAGGCGGCUCUCUCCACGGCCAAGUAGAUAUCUUUUCUUUGAACCGAACCACACCUCGCUUGGUGAAGAGCAUCCCACUGAGGUCCCCCGUCCUCUGUCUGGAGCUUGUGAGGGAGCCAGGUCCUCGGACUGAUGAAGAAGAGGAGGAAAAAGAGUCUGGGAGGGUCACAAGGGCAGAGAACAUCAUCUGUGUGGGUCUGCAGGACGGCAGCAUUCACGUGCACAGCAGUGUGGACACGGCUGUGGAGACUCUGCAGACCCUGGUGAACCCGGACAGCUGUCCUGUGCUCUGCCUCAAACAUUCGACCUCCUUCCUCUUUGCUGGACUGGCCAAUGGUAAAGUAGCUGUGUUCCAGAGAGCAGCUGGAGAGAUGCUAUGGGACGCGGACUCGUGCAGACUGGUGCUGCUGGGCUCAGAGCCGGUCCACGCUCUGCUUACAGUGGAAGAUGCUGUGUGGGCGAGCUGUGGCCAUCAUGUCUCUGUCAUCCAGGGAGAGGGUCUGCACACACAGGUUUUGGAAGUUCACCAUGAUCCAGGCUGCCGGGUUCGCUGUAUGGUGCGUUCAGGAGCUGGAGUCUGGAUGGCCUUCACAAAGGGCUCCUCCAUUUACCUGUUUCACACUGAGACACUGGAAGCUCUGCAGGAAGUGAACAUCUCAGCCCGUUCCAGACAUCCAGGUCAGCUCACGGUCUCCUGUAUGCUGAUUUGCCAGGGUUUGUUGUGGGUGGGCACCAACCAGGGAGUAAUCCUCACUUUCCCUGUUCCCACCCUGGAGGGCAUCCCCAGGAUCACAGGAAAGGGGAGAGCAUCUCUAAAUGCUCACUGUGGCCCAGUGGACUUCCUGGUGUCAGCUUCCAGGACUCUGGUUCCGGACUUCCUCAGUCGAGGCCCCGUCCUCAGCAGCAGCCAGGAUGGAGAAGCAAGUCUUGGAGUUGAUGAAAGGGCGGAUAAACACAGCUCCUCCCAGGAUCCAGAAGCUCCCCCUUGGAAGGGUCUCCUGCUGCAGUACAGAGUCACGUCCAGCUGCCAGCUGCCCGGGAAGCUGCUGUCUGCCCAGCCGGAGGAGGACGGAGCAAGGACCCCCCCAGAUCAGCCAGAGCACAGGCCAGAGGACGGCUCCAUCUAUGAAGUGAGUGAGGACCCUGAUGUGUGGGUCAGAGGCCAGGCCAUGGGGUUGGGGGACGAAAGGGAGGGCAAGCGCAGCAGAAUGACCUCCACAGCCGUCUUCUCCGGUGGCAGAGGGUUCUGCAGGACCGGGCAGAGCAAGUCUGCUGAGAACUCCACCGAAAACACUCUGCUGGUGUGGCAGCUGCCUCUGAUCCUCAGCCAGUGACCUCAGCGAGCCAUUCCAUCAGUGAGCUUCAGCAGCCGCCCGCAUAAGCUGUCUGCAGGACGGAAAACAGGCACCGGAGAUCUAAGCUCCACCCACAGAGGCGGCUCUCCUUCACCUACAACCAGCAACUACUUUUUAGAAAAAAAGUCAUUUUCAGUAAAUUUUUGAUUUAUUUAACUUCAGUCUAAUUUUACGAAUCUUUGGAUUUUCCCACAAAACUAGAAUCAGAAAAAUUACUUUGCAGACACGAAGACGAUUUCAGUCAGAGGAACACUAAAGCAUGGAUGAUGGCUUUAACAUGCAGAAUUGAAAAAGAACCCAUUCUCCUUCUAAUAAUUCAGUCCAAUUUAACUUUAUUUAUAAAGCUCUUUAACAGUCUUCGCUAACUCAAAGUGCCAUACAAAACAAAGAACCAAAAAAAUAAAAAUACAGUCUUUUUUCUUCCUAGA